CUCGACUAUUACACUUACAACGAGGUGCCGACUGCUCUGCCCUUCGUAGCUAAUUGCUAGCAAGCCAAGUUUGAAGCAUGGCCGUCGGGAAGAACAAGAGGAUUUCCAAGGGGAAGAAGGGAGGAAAGAAAAAGGCGGCGGAUCCUUUUGCCAAGAAGGAUUGGUAUGAUAUCAAGGCUCCAUCAGUUUUCACUACCAGAAACGUGGGAAAAACACUCGUCACCCGUACUCAGGGUACCAAGAUUGCUUCAGAAGGACUCAAACACCGUGUGUUUGAGGUUUCACUAGCUGAUCUUCAAGGUGGUGAUGAGGAUCAUGCUUACAGGAAGAUCCGUUUGAGAGCUGAAGAUGUUCAAGGAAAAAAUGUUUUGACCAACUUCUGGGGAAUGAACUUUACCACUGACAAAUUGAGGUCUUUGGUGCGUAAAUGGCAAACACUGAUCGAAGCUCAUGUGGAUGUGAAAACAACUGACAACUACACUCUGAGAAUGUUCUGCAUUGGAUUUACAAAGAGACGACCUAACCAGGUUAAAAGGACUUGUUACGCACAGUCCAGCCAGAUUAGACAGAUACGCAGAAAGAUGAGGGAGAUCAUGACUACCCAGGCAACAUCUUGUGAUCUGAAGGGAUUGGUUCAAAAAUUCAUUCCCGAGAUGAUUGGAAAAGAAAUCGAGAAAGCGACAUCUAGCAUCUAUCCUUUACAGAAUGUGUUCAUUCGUAAAGUCAAAAUUUUGAAGGCUCCCAAGUUUGAUCUUGGAAAGUUGAUGGAGGUUCAUGGUGACUACUCAGAGGACAUUGGUGUGAAAUUAGAGAGGCCUGCUGAAGAGACAAUGGCUGAGGCUCCUGCAGAGGUCGUUGGAGCUUGAAUGAAGAAGAGGCCCUGAACUUGUCAUGUUUUUUUUAUGCUUCAAAGAGAUUUUCUUGAAAAACUUAUAGAGAAGUUCUCCAUGGUUUUGGUGUUAAGGAUAUGAUUUUGCAACUUAAUUUUGAGUAGACAAUAUGUCGCUCUUUCGCAGACAUAAACAUGA